AUGAAACGAGUACUAUUUUAUCUCGCCAAGAUGGCUGACGUGUCUGCGUUAGUGUGCGUGAAAAAAACACCUAACAGUUUGUAUGAUUUGUGUUUGACCAGUUUAGUGAACUACUUACAGAAAUCAAAGUGCGAGAAAAAUGAUUUGCGAUCAUUACCGGACAGCAUCCUCAUGGAUGUUUAUUUCAAGAUGCUCCAAGAGAAACGGCUAUGCAUCCUGGGCGCGGAACUCUCCGAGCUGGAGAUAUUCGAGCGGCUGCUGCGCUUCUCCGGAGCCCAACUGAGGCUAUUGCAAUGCUUUCAGGCGGUGAUUGAGCACGGUUCUAAGCUGUCAACAGAACUGGCGACCAGCUAUUUAGCACGAUGCGAUCAAAGCGGCCGCCCGAGGAACUCUCUCAUACAUUUAGGUUUAAGGCUAGGUGGUUUUCUGAACGAGGCCGGUUGGUAUGCGGACGCGCAGCGCGUACUGCUCCGGUGCCGGGAUCUGUGCCAGUCACAACCACAGUCUACUCAUUAUAAACGUUUGACACUUGAAUGCUGCCAUAGGUUAUUAAACACACAAUCAGUAUACUGCUGCUUCCCCGCCGCAGCCGAGACAUACAAAUUGGCACUCAAGCUGCUGGGUCUGCCCGAAGACACCACGGCGCAGCUUCCGGAGGGUCCCAUAGCAAUUGCAGAAACGUGCUCGAAAGCACUCCAGACCGAUGAUGAGGAGAUACAGAGGCUAGAGUCGUACGCGGAGGACUCGUGCUCGGGCGGCGAGCGCGUGUGGGGCAUGUCGGCGCUGCUCGCGCGGCUCUGCAAGGAGAUCAGCGCGCUGUUCUUCGUGCGCUGCGACUACAGCGCCGCGCACGCGUGGGGCAUGCGCGCGCUGGCCAUGCUCACGCCGCACACGCCGCCCAAGAUCACGAUCGAGGUGCUGCGCGCGUGCGGCACGGCGUGCGUGGUGAAGCGGCGCUUCGGCGAGGCGGGGCUGCUGGUGCGGCAGGCGGUGGCGCUGGCGCGGCGCGCGUUCGGCGCGCAGCACCCGCGCUACGCCGCCGCGCUGCUCGACUACGGCUUCUACCUGCUCAACAUCGACUCCAUCCCGCACAGCGUCGCCGUCUACGAGGAGGCGCUGUCGACGCUGCGGCGCGUGUUCGGGCGCAGCAGCCUGCACGUGGCCACGGCGCAGGAGGACCUCGCGUACGCGCUGUACGUGCUCGAGUACUCGUCGGGCCGCUUCUACAAGGCGCGGGACCACGCCGAGCGCGCCAUACGGAUCAUCGAGAAUCUUGUACCACCGGACCAUCUGUUGCUCGCUUCAGCGAAACGCGUCAAAGCGCUUAUUCUAGAAGAGAUCGCGUUGGACACGCCCGCCGGACAGGAUAUGAGAGAGCCAAGUCUUCUAGAAGAAUCGGAAGCGCUCCACAAGGCCGCGCUGGAGCUGUCGAUGAUGGCGUUCGGCGAGAAGAACGUGCAGACGGCGAAGCAUUAUGGCAACUUGGGCCGGCUGUACCAGUCCAUGCAGAAGUUCCAGGACGCGGAGACGAUGCACCUGAAGGCGAUCGCCAUAAAGGAGGAGCUGCUCGGCGCGGAGGACUACGAGGUGGGGCUGAGCGUCGGCCACCUCGCCUCGCUCUACAACUACCACAUGAACCAGCACACCGCCGCCGAGAAGCUCUACCUGCGCUCCAUCAACAUCAGCCUGAAGCUGUUCGGCGAGCGCUACUCGGGGCUGGAGUACGACUACCGCGGGCUGGUGCACGUGUUCACGCAGCUCAAGCGGCACGACCGCGCGCACCACUACAACGCGCUGCUGCAGCACUGGCACGACCUCCGCGAGCAGUCUAAGACGGAGCAGCAGCCGGCCAUCGGCGACGAGCAGGUGGUCCCGCUGGAGGAGCUGCAGAGCAAGCUGUUCCAGCGCUGAGACAAGUUGUCGCGCUGGCGCCUCCGCACGCGCCGCGCCUCCGCCCUCUCCUUCGUUAUCCGCCCCUUCAGCUUCUGCUUCCGGAGGCAGUAGCUGACUUCCGGGAAGCUCGGCCUGCUUAUGGCUAUGCUGGAUUCACCGCAAGCACUGGGUCGGUGUUUCUGGGAAGAUUAAAAUGGUUUUCGGAGGCGAUAAAUUGGAUCCGGAGAAUUUAAAUUGGAUCCGGAAAUGUUAAAUUGAUACCGGAACAUUUGAGUUGAUUUUCGAUGUUAGGAAUUGUAUUUGGAUGUCUUAAAACGCCUCCGGAAACGACAAUGCAUCUGCUGGAGGUGUUAAAUUAAUUCCGAAGACAUUAAAUUGCAUCCGGAUAUCUUAAAUUGUUUCCGAAAACAUUGAAAACGAGUGUCGCCUCCGAAAACGAUCUAAGGCAUCAUUCAAUUGAAUUGGCUGACAAACGGCACAGGAAACAUUGGACCCAAUGCUAAGAUCCGUGUCUGUAAAGGGAAUACUCUGUAUCUAUGUGUGGAUAAACGAAUCGAGAAGGACGCCUCUAUGUGGACAAUUUGAAAUCAUAGAAAAAUGUCUUUAUGUAUGUUACUUUAUGUAAACUAAUACAUUGAUGUCUACAUAUAUUAAUCGUAUUUAUAUGCCUAUAAGUACUACUUUCUCGACCCAAUAACAUAGAAAUAAUGUAUGAAAUCAUAUAACAUCUACAUAAGAUAAACCACAUUGAAGUAUUUUAAGCUAAGCUCACAUUGUCAAUGUGUAGGAUCAUUAUUAUCAUAAACUGAAAGUGCUAACUUAAAGCAUCUUGCACAUGCAAAUCCGGGUCGGGUCGGUAGUAUGGUAUAAUAUAACUAAAUGUUGUGUUAAAUGUAUGUGAGGUGUGAUCAACCUGUUGUGUCAAUUUCCUUUAAAAUUUUGCUGUAUUUAAUGUCGUUUCAAUGUCUACAAAAUAACACAUUUAUCUAGGGCAUUAUAAUAAUUGUAGUCUUUCAAUAAACACAUAGAUAUUAAGAGGUAUAUAAUAAAAAGCCCUUUGCUAUCGUGAUUUCUCUUUUAUGCGUCCAAUUGUCGCAAUUUAAUAACAAUUAAAAACAUAGAUAACGAAGAAUAUUUAACAUCGAUAGGAAAGAGGAUGGAUGGAUGUCGGCGUUGGCGAUCGGUUAGUUGCAUAAUACUGCCAAUUUGUAUGGCUUCGCGUUCUAAAUUCAAAGUCUAGGGCAAGAUUUAUGAAAAAAAAAAUGUAACAUUUUUAAUCUGUGGUAAGUAAUUAUUACUCUACGAUCUAUGCUAUGUGUCCUUAGCUUUGGUGUCGUCAGAAAGUUUAAAUAUAGAAUUGUUAUUGAUGUUAGAUCCAAUGAAGCGAUCUUAUUACGAUCUCAGAACGGGCGCGAAGUCUAACCAAAAAUUUUGCGUUCUACGACCCGAUGUGAAUAUGUAGUUUUAUUGUAUAUUGUUAGGAUGUAGUUGCUUAUUUAUGUAGCGUUAGGUUAUUUGACAUAAUACCAGUUACUCGUCUUACUGUGUAUUUAAUAAAAUAUCUAUCUACGUGUUUUAGCUUGUGUCGAUAUUUAUUGGAUGGUGAUUAACAUUUGAAUUGAAAUAACGUUAAAAAUUAUCUCGAAUUGAUAUUAUUACGGACAUAAGCAUCAUUAGAUAUGGUUUCCGACUAAUUUGAACAGUAAAAGUUUACGCACAAUCCCUAAUUUAUUCCACGAAAAAUAGAUUUUUGAUGUUUAAAUCGUAAAUUUUGUUAUAUAUAUCAUAAAUAAUUAUAAAAAUAAUUAAUGUCUCCUUAGAUCAUAAAAUUGACGUCACACUGAAGCUCAAAAUCAUAAUGUAUUAACAUGAUAUUUGGAACGUGUAGACUCAUCAUAAGUGUAGGUUGAGAAACGUGUAGACGAAACAUAAUCUACACACUAUGAGAUUAUUCAAUUAAAUGUUUAAUGUAAACAUAAUCGUAUAUUCCAAUUAAAAAAAUAAAUGUGGUUUAAAGAUUCAUUUGUAAAUAUUAAUUAAUGUUUUAAAAUAUAUUCAUAUUAUACUCAUAGAGAAAGACAAUUUAAAUUCUCUUUGUAUAGGUCUUAACGUAAUAAGUAAUGGAAAUGCUUUUUGUAUAUACUCUGUAUGCUUUGAUUUCCAUGUUCCUCAUUUAGUGAUUUUUUUUUGUCAUAUAAAAUUAACUAUUGUAAAAAUAUAAAGAACUGUAUCGCUUUCAAUGUUAUUUGUAGUUUAAUCUACGACGUGCAAUCAUUGGUUGCUAAAUGUUUAUCGUUAGAAGCAGGGCUGAAAUGUACGAAGUUUUGUUUGGUACUUAAUAUGAGUGCAUAAUAUUUGUUCUGCAUUGAUAUGCCUUGUUUUAUUGUUAAUAUGUAUACUUAUUCUUCUUAGAUUUGUUAAUCUUUCUUAUACACACAUCUUGGGCGUUUUAUACACGUAAUGUGUGAAAAUCUACAUCAUCAAUUGACAAGGGUUUUCGGCGUUAACUGAAAUAAAAUUCUUUUAUUUAACGCAAGACAAAUUAUGUUUAAAAUAUAAAACGGCUAGUGAAUACGACGCCUAAGAUUUUUAUUUACAUUAUUAUGCAAAAGUAGUGCAUUCUAAGUGCGUAUAUAUUUUUAUAAAAUGAUAUAGUAAAUAUAUUUUUGCUGCUCACAUAGUAAGAUCAAUGGCGUGUCCAGUAAAUGUAAAACAUAUUUAAAUGGCUGUAAUGUAUGACUUGUGAAUAGAGAUUCAUGACGAUUA